AUGCAACUUGGCGGAGUGGGCGGAAAGAAGAAGAGAUCAAAAAGAAAGAGGAAACCUGAUGGCUCCCGUGCCAUCCUAGUUUCUCCGGAGAAACAGAUCAUAUAUAUGCCAAAACGAGACAUACGCGAACCGUUCCCCGAGUUACAGCUAGAGAUUGGCGAUGUGCAAUUAAUGGAUGCUCGGAAGUUCUCAUUAGCUGUGGCACACAGCAAUGCUACACAUUGGCGGGAAUUCAUGAGGAUUGGCUUACCAUCGGAAAAAUUUGUAAAUAGAGAAUAUACUUUCGGGACUGGACCGAAUGUGCAAUGCGUUCUCAAAAAAGCUCAAAAUCAAGGUCCAUGGAUGCUAUAUAGGGCCAACAAUAGAGCAGACGAGCUGACAGUCUUGGACUACAAAGAAACCAAAAUGUAUUAUUUACAAUACAUGCAUCAAGAGCUUCUUACAGAAGAAAAAGAUUCGUCACUGCAGUACAUUACCGACUGGCUUAGCAUAGCUUACAUAAUGAGAAACGAAUUGGAGCGGCGUCGAAAUGGCAUCGCAACUUUUGGAAGGGGAAAACGUUUGACAAUGACGAAUUUCAAGAUUUCGCCACUUCAGCAUACGCAUCGCAAGGCGAUAGCGAAAGAGGAGAAAAAGAACUUCAAAAUUUGGCCGAUGAUGAUUGCUGAGGCUGCUGAUGACAUCAAAAAAUCUGUACUCAAUAGGAUCUUGUACUUUGAGAAUAUACUGAGAUUUAGUGGGCACGAAAAUUUCAAGCACUUCAAAAAUCUCAACAAAGACUGGAUAGACGAACGUAUGAAGUGUGCCGAAAUGAACAAACAAGUUAUAGUAAAGAAGAACUGUAUUAGGGCUUUUAAUCGAGAUCGGCCAAUCAAAUCUGUUUAUCAUCUGGCCAGUGAGCUGCACGAAUUCACUCCAUCUCUGGGACACUCGACAUUUCUUUGCAGAGCACUGAAAGAUCUAAGCUUGAUCAUUGGUAAAGAAGAAAUUGUGAGGAAGGUAGUCAAAAAUGCCCGAAUACCUUUGCGAGUUCGCCCAACACGGUAUGAGUACGGUCCAGGGGCUGUAACUACUUAUGAAAGUUCUCGAGAUUUUGUGGAGCCGCUGACGAUCACCUUUGAGAAAUCACCAAAAAGAGCUCCAUCUUUGGAUACGCUAAGUGGCUUCAGCAGUGAAAGUGCUGCUUCUACUGCCACGGAGUCACCCGGGGAUUGGCAACAUAACUGGAAAAUGCAAACUAUGCAUCAUGAUAUGGAACAUCGCCUUAUGGACACUAGCAUACAAAAUCCAUUGGAAGAACAACAGCUGGGUGAACUUGAAGCUUCACAGCGUAUUGCCAAUGAAGUGGAUCGACGUAUUGCGAUGCUGAAUGAGUAUCCAAGUUUUGAUAACAUUGUUGGAGGCAAAAACAGCGAGGUUUUGCAGCUAUGUCAUAAGUCAGUUUCAACCGAGAUGAAAUUGCGCCGAGAUGUCAGUGUAGCAAAACAACUGCGAAAGAAACUCAAGGAAAUCAUGACUUUUGCUGAAGAUGUCAACGGUAAUGAUGUGCUUGGUUUACAGAUUGCUGACUAUCUUUUCAAUGAAAUACUACGAAUGCUUCCAGAAAAUGAAAAAGAUCCUUAUGAUGGGUUGGCGAUCAAUAAUGCCUGGAAAACUCUUAUCGACAACAAUGUUCUGAAACCAGAGAGUAGGGAAAUUCUGAGAACAAUGGUGACAGUGAUUAAAAUGCUGUUUACAGUCAAUUGUGACCUACUUGUGCAAUUGCACAUGACUUGA